CCUCCAAUGUUGGCACACACACCACAGCACAACUCUUUUGUGUGUCAUCAUCUCUUUGUUCGCUACAUCAUCUCACAACAUGGCAUUCCGACCACACUCAUCUCCGACCGAGACCCUAAGUUCACCAGUAAAUUCUGGAAAGAACUAGUGUCUCUGCUCGGGACCAAACUCGCAAUGUCAUCCGCCUACCAUCCGCAGAUAGAUGGACAGACCGAGCGCCUCAACCAAAUUGUGGAGCAACUCCUCCGCGCAGCCUGCAAGGACGACAUCUUCAAAUGGGACUUGCAUCUGCCCGUCCUGGAGUUUGCCUACAACAAUGCUACUCACGCUGCCACUGGAAAGACGUCGUUCUUCCUCUGUUACGGACGCCACCCACUCACACCUCAACAGCCAAACAUACUAGCCACACAGCAAUAGAAGCGCCAGGCCGAUCGCCACCGC